AUGUCUGGACGAUGGGCUGGUCCGACGCUGCCGCCUGUCCUCGCGUGGCCCGUUUCUAAGGGCGCCGAGCUUGUGCGCGAGGCCGUUGGAGGUGUGACUUGGGGACCGAUGUUGGCUGUAGCCAAGCCGACCAUUCUUGCUGCGUUAUCCAAGAUUGAAAAAGGCACACUGUUGCUAGUGGACGAACCUGCCGAGACUCGACAUGUCUUUGGACAGAAGCUCUCUGGUAAGCUUGAAAGCGUGGAUAUGGAUGAGCCCGUCCUUCGCUCGGCUACCACUGUCCCAAGAGUAGAGAUCGUUGUCAAGAACGAUGCUUUCUGGAUGCGUCUGUUUCUGUUUGCCGACAUGGGCUUUUCCGAGGCUUACAUGCUGGGCGACUUUACGUGCGAGGAUCUCACAUCCUUCUUCCAGCUAUUCAUUAUCAACCGUGAUCAAAUGGGCAACGGCGAGACAUGGAUCUCAAGUCUAUCAUCCGCCAUAUCCAGCGUCGCCAGAUCAACAAACACACUUUCCAACGCACUUCUCAAUAUUUCAGCUCACUACGAUAUUAGCAACGACAUGUUUGCCGCAUUUCUAUCACCUGAUAUGACGUACUCCUGCGCUAUCUGGGACAAAGAGCCGACUGUGGAGGCUGUCACCGAGACACUAGAACGAGCGCAAUACCGCAAGCUUCACAGAUUCAUUGAUGGCGCCAAGAUCAAAUCCACAGAUCACGUCUUGGAAAUUGGCACUGGAUGGGGAUCGUUUGCUAUGGAAGCUGUCAGACGCACAGGAUGCCGGGUGACUAGCUUAACGCUGUCCAAAGAGCAAAAGGCUCUUGCUGAAGAGCGCAUUGCCGCAGCUGGAUUUGCUGAUAAGAUUGAAGUUAAGCUUAUGGAUUACCGUGCGCUAGAAGUUUCGGAGCCUUUUGAUAAAAUCGUCUCCAUUGAAAUGCUCGAGGCCGUUGGUAAGGAGUACUUGGCGACAUACUUCAAAGCGAUUAACCGCCUUCUCAAGCCCGACGGAGGUAUUGCCAUGUUUCAAUGCAUUACCAUGCCCGAGGGUCGCAGUGAGGCAUACGCAAAGACUGAAGACUUUAUUAACCACUACAUCUUCCCUGGCGGCUACCUUCCGUCGAUUACAGAACUGCUGAACCAUAUUAGCCGCGAGUCUAAGGGAACUCUGAUUAUCGAAAACGUCGAAAACAUUGGCGGCCAUUACUCGAAAACGCUGCGUCUAUGGAAGGAAGAAUUCUUGCGCAAUUUUGAGUCUCACAUCAAACCUGCUCUGCUUGAGCAACAUGAUGACAUGACAGAAGAAGGCGUCGAUGUUUUCCGCCGUAAGUGGGAGUACUACUUUACAUACUGCGAGGCUGGUUUUGUGACCAAAACUCUCGGCGACGUUGUCAUCACCGUGGGAAGAGAGGGCAGCUUAGAGCUGAUGGAAGGAAUCCCGUUGUAA